CGGCAGCAGCGAGCGCCGCGUGGAGUCACGUGACAUCCCGAGGCGCAAGAUGGCGGCGGAGAAGUUGAGGUUCCACGAGAUGGGACUGGAUGAGAGAGUCUUACAGGCAAUUGCAAACCUCAAUUGGGCUGAACCGACUUUGAUCCAAGAAAAAGCCAUUCCUCUGGCACUUGAGGGAAAGGAUCUCCUUGCUAGAGCACGUACAGGGUCAGGAAAAACUGCAGCAUAUGCUAUCCCCAUCAUAGAGCAUCUUCUUAACACUAAAAAGUCAGUCUGUGAACAAGCAGUGCGAGCUCUCGUGUUGGUACCUACAAAGGAAUUAGGUCAACAGGUGCAGCAGAUGAUCCGACAACUCACUUCGUAUUGUGUUCGAGAUGUUCAAGCGGCUGAUGUCUCGGGGCAGGUGGAUAUAUCAGCACAAAGGCCUAUAUUAAUGGAGAAACCUGACAUAGUAAUUGGCACACCCUCCCGAAUUCUGCUACAUCUGGAACAACACACUCUGAACCUCUCCACCUCACUGGCGAUGCUCGUGAUUGAUGAGGCUGAUCUCCUCUUCUCGUUUGGAUUUGAAAAUGACCUAAAAAACCUGCUGGGGCACCUUCCAAAGAUUUACCAGGCGUUCUUGAUGUCAGCCACAUUUAAUGAGGAUGUUCAGACACUUAAGGAGUUGGUGCUUCACAAUCCAGUGAUUCUGAAGUUGAAGGAGUCGCAGCUUCCAGAUAGCUCACAGCUGAUCCAAUACCACAUUAAAUGCGAGGAGGAGGAGAAAUUCCUUCUGAUUUACACAUUACUCAAACUCUCCCUUGUCCGUGGCAAGACCAUAAUUUUUGUGAAUUCCAUUGAUAGAUGCUACCGGCUGAAACUAUUCUUGGAACAGUUCAGCAUUUUGUCAUGCGUGCUAAACUCGGAAUUACCAGUACACUCAAGGUGUCAUAUCAUCAGUCAGUUUAAUCGGAGUUUGUAUGAUUAUAUCAUUGCCACGGAUGAACAUUUUCUCACAGAUGCAACUAGCUCAGAGAAGCAAAAGACAAAAAGGCAACGUAGUAAAAAAGCAAAAGCCAAGGAUCGUGAAUAUGGGGUUUCACGAGGCGUGGAUUUUUAUAACGUAUCGAAUGUUAUUAACUUUGACUUCCCACCUUCAGUGGAGUCCUAUAUACAUCGUGUUGGCAGGACAGCCCGUGCGGAUAAUCAGGGAACAGCAUUGACAUUUGUAUCUCAUACAGAGUUGCCAUUGCUACAGAAUGUGGAGGAUGCACUUGCUGGAGACAAUUUGGAUUGUGUUCUGAAGCCAUACCAAUUUCGCAUUGAGGAGAUUGAGGGCUUCCGCUAUCGGUGUAAGGAUGCUAUGCGUUCAGUUACAAAACAAUCGAUUAAAGAGGCUCGCAUCAAGGAAAUCAAACAGGAACUGCUCAACUCUGAGAAACUGAAGACCUAUUUUGAGGACAAUCCUCGGGACUUCAAUUUGUUGCGACAUGAUAAACCUCUGCAUCCUGCUAUUGUGAAGCCACAUUUGAAGAAUGUACCAGAUUACUUGAUUCCACAAACCCUCAAAGGAAUCGCGAACCCCCUCAUCAGUAAAAGAAAAAGGUGGAGAAGAAAGGUCACAGGAAUAUCAACUCAAAAAGGCAGAAAGCCAAACAUGAAGCGCAAUCCGCUCAAGCAUUUCACAUCUCAAGGGAAGAAGCCAAAGGCAAAAAGUGCAAGUUAAAACAGAGCUUGCAGAGGCCAUCAAGAACAGCAUGUGACUUGGCAGAAUUUAAAACUGUUGUGUCUGUGUGCCUUCAUUUCAGGCCCAGCUGAAUGCAGGAGUAUGACUUUGACACCAAAGUUGUUUUGGAGGUGACCGCAUGGUGUGUGUUUCUAGUUUGAUAUCAUUGGUAGUAGGCAUUAACACUGAAAUAUUUAUCAAUUUGGGUGGAGUUACAAGCUUUCUGUAUAUCAUGAAUUUUUAAAAUUUUAUUUUGGUGAGGCAUUUUUGAAAUGAACAUGGUAGUUUAACCCUAACUCAGUUUAUUGGAACUGUUGUCCCCUGCAAGUCCAAGAGAUUGAAAAUGCCAUUUGCAAGCAUGUCUCUCCUGUUCUCAGCCAGUGCCACUAUGCUGCACAGACACUGUGAUUGUGCAUCGAUGCCACAUGUGCAAUUGGGUGUUCCAGACUGCAUAGCAGAAGCAAUUUUCUCCCUUGAUAUCAAAUGAGAUCACCACACUGAUCCCUGGUUUUCACAUAUAGGUGUACAAACUUGUUAAUAUGUCAGCUCAAGUUUACGAUAAAACCACAGCAAAGAUGAUUUCUUUGGUUAAAUCAUAUGAAGAGGACCAACGAGCGAGUGUCUUGACAUAAAUUCUAAAAUUUUAUGACUGGAUUUGUCUUCCUGCUCGAUGAUUGUCUCAGGCUGAAGAAUCUUGCAUCUUCCUGCUCUGCUGAAUGACAAGUAUUCAUAUUAUGUUGGAUAAUUCUUGACUCUUGGUGGAUGGGAGUUUGUGGAGUUGUUCGAUGCAAUAUGACUGAAUGGCACUGCCAUGGAGUGCCAAGUAGUCAGUUUUUCUUCAUUUAAAAUGUUUGGAUGUUUUGGUUUCUUUCUCUGCUCUGUAUCUUCCUACUGAGCAUAUGUUUUGUUAUUUACAGAUAUUGACUGAUGUUCUCUGUGUUUCAAGCAAUUGAAAUUUUCCAAGAUUUUCUAAUUUUAACUUGAAAGAGACUUAAUAUUAUUUCAGAUUUCUUUUUGUAGAGAUGAUUGCACUUUCAAUCACAGGACAGUAUGCAAGGUGGUCUUGAAGCUGGGAAGAGAUAAAUUGCAAGUUGUAAGCAAUGUGAAAUUGUAAUAAAAGACCAUCUGAAAAGUGGUUAUUACUCUC